AUGAAGCUCAUCGACUCGGUCGUGCGGAGCUUCAAGGUAGCGAAGGUGUUCCGCGAGAACACCGAUAAAAUCAACGCGAUCGAUUUCUCUGCCAACGGCGAGAUGUUGAUCUCAUGCAGCGAAGACGACCAGAUUGUGCUGUACGAUUGCGAGAAAGGCACACAGAUUCGAACAGUUAAUUCGAAGAAGUACGGUGUCGAUUUGAUCCAUUUCACACACGCCAACAACACGGCGAUACACAGCUCCACGAAGGUAGACGAUACGAUCCGGUACCUGAGCUUGCACGACAACAAAUACCUCCGGUAUUUUCCUGGGCAUACGAAGAAAGUGAUCUCGUUGAACAUUUCUCCCGUGGAGGACACAUUUCUGUCCGGAUCGCUCGACAAGACCCUCCGAUUGUGGGAUCUUCGUUCGCCUAACUGCCAGGGAGUAAUGCAGCUGAAUGGCCGUCCCGUUGCGGCGUACGAUCCUGAGGGCUUAAUCUUUGCGGCUGGUGUCAACUCAGAAAGCAUAAAGCUGUACGAUCUGCGUUCAUUCGAUAAGGGUCCGUUCGUUACAUUCAAGCUAAACCAAGAGAAGGAAUGUGACUGGACGGGAUUGAAGUUCUCGAGGGACGGAAAAACUAUUCUUAUCAGUACAAAUGGAUCUAUAAUUCGACUCAUCGAUGCGUUCCACGGAACUCCUCUGCAGACCUUCACAGGGCAUCUGAAUAACAAGGGAAUCCCCAUUGAAGCUUCGUUCAGCCCAGAUUCGCAGUUUAUUUUCUCCGGCAGCACAGAUGGCCGCGUGCAUGUGUGGAACGCCGACACCGGGUAUAAAAUCUGUGUCCUGAACGGUGACCACCCUGGACCGGUGCAGUGUGUGCAGUUCAAUCCCAAGUUUAUGAUGUUGGCAUCCGCUUGCACCAACAUGGCGUUCUGGCUUCCUACAGGGGAAGAGUAGUUCUUUAGUAUUUAGAAAUAACAUCCACAGGAAAAAAGAUGCAAUUAAUUGAUUAAGCUGCCACCAAGUCAACCUCCAACAGGAUCAUGCAACUGCUGACAAACACAUGUGCGGGUAGCACGCGAAUGACGUCAUGUCUACAAUUCUAAUAAAAAUAUACAAAAGUAAUGCAUUUUUUAAGUAUCGGAAAACAAACAUACCAUGUAUUGUAUAUGUCCUACCGCCAAAUUCAAGAAAUAAAGUA